GCGCUGGCUUGAGGUGAAGCCACCCGGGUGUGCCGGCGGCUGCCCGGGCAAGGAUCCUCUGCGAACCUUGGUCCGUUUCUUCAUCUUUGCGGGGAAUAAAUCUCUCUCGAUACCGCCUGGCUUGCUCCCGGAAAGGGAACAGAUAUUCAAGACCUCUUCAUCGUCCUUCCAGUGGACGCCAAGCUCAGAAUUGGCGGCAUCCGCGGUUGGCAGUUUUGCCAGGUGUUUGCCACAUUGCUCGUAAACCUCCCUCUUCACUUGUACUUAUUUUCCUGGGAUGUGUUAGUCACCUGAUCAGCACCAAACUUGUUUUGUGCAGAUCGGGAUAAAUCGAGAUGGUUACAGAUGAAUAAUUGCAAGUAUUGAAGAAAAAUGGCCAAUGGACAGGACCGGGUAGUCGCUCUAGUGGACAUGGACUGUUUUUUUGUUCAAGUGGAGCAGCGGCAGAAUGCUCAUUUGAGGAAUAAACCUUGUGCAGUCGUGCAGUACAAAUCAUGGAAGGGCGGUGGAAUAAUUGCAGUGAGUUAUGAAGCGCGUGCAUUUGGGGUGACUAGAAACAUGUGGGCAGAUGAUGCUAAGAAGUUAUGCCCAGAUCUUCUCCUGGCACAAGUUCGUGAGUCCCGUGGGAAAGCUAACCUCACCAAGUACCGGGAAGCCAGUGUAGAAGUGAUGGAGGUGAUGUCUCGUUUUGCUGUGAUUGAACGUGCCAGUAUCGAUGAGGCUUAUGUAGACCUGACCAGCGCUGUACAAGAGAGACUACAAAAGCUACAAGGUCAGCCCAUCUCAGCGGACUGGUUGCCAACCACCUACAUUGAAGGGUUGCCUCAAGGCCCUGCAACAGCAGAAGGGACUGUUCAGAAAGAGGAGAUGCGAAAACAAGGCUUAUUGCAAUGGCUUGAUUCUCUUCAGAUUGAUAACACCACCUCUCCGGACCUACAGCUCACCGUGGGAGCAGUGAUUGUGGAAGAAAUGAGAGCAGCCAUAGAGAGGCAGACUGGCUUUCAGUGUUCAGCUGGAAUUUCACACAAUAAGGUCCUGGCAAAACUGGCCUGUGGACUAAACAAGCCCAAUCGCCAGACGCUGGUCUCACAUGGCUCAGUCCCACAACUCUUCAGCCACAUGCCUAUUGGCAAAAUCCGUAGUCUUGGAGGAAAACUAGGGGCCUCUGUCAUUGAAAUCUUGGGGGUAGAAUACAUGGGUGAACUGACCCAGUUCACUGAAUCCCAGCUCCAGAGUCAUUUUGGGGAGAAGAGUGGAUCUUGGCUAUACGCCAUGUGCCGUGGGAUUGAACAUGACCCAGUUAAACCCAGGCAAAUACCCAAAACCAUUGGCUGCAGCAAGAACUUCCCAGGAAAAACAGCUCUGGCUACUCGGGAACAGGUACAAUGGUGGCUUUUGCAAUUAGCCCAGGAACUAGAGGAGAGACUCACCAAGGACCGAAAUGAUAACGACAGGGUGGCCACCCAGCUGGCUGUGAGUAUCCGGUUCCAAGGUGACAAGCGUCUCAGCAGCCUGCGCCGCUGCUGUGCCCUCGCCCGCUACGAGGCUCACAGGAUGAGCCGCGAUGCAUUUGCUGUCAUCAGGAACUGUAAUACUUCAGGAGACCAAACCAUAUGGUCCCCGCCCCUCACAAUGCUUUUUCUCUGUGCGACCAAAUUCUCUGCCUCUGCCCCUUCAUCUGUCACAGACAUCACUGUCUUCUUGAGCAAUGACACAAGUUCUCCAUCAAAGGUGCCAAUGACUAAUCCAGAAGAUAAGACCCAGGGAAGUGGCCCAUCGGUGGCUGCUAAGAAAGCAACCACUUCUCUGGAAUCAUUCUUCCAAAAAGCUGCAGAAAAGCAGAAAGUCAAAGAAGCUUCACUUUCAUCUCUUCCUGCCACUAUGCAGGCCGUCAAGAGCAAUUCACCACACAAGCCAUCAUUACUUUUCCAAACCAGUCGUGCUACAGGAAUUGAGCCCUUCUUUAAGCAGAAAAGUCUGCUUCUAAAGCAAAAACAGUUAAAGAAUCCUUCAGUUGUCUUCCCUCCACAAAAUCCACAAUCUAGCCCUAAAGAGUUACCAGACUGUUUUCCAACAGAGUAUCCAGGUUCCGCCCCUGUCUGUGAAGAGGUUUUGAAGCUAGACUCCUCUAAAGCAACUCCUGCAGAGAUGGAUUUGGCCCAGAACAGCCCGAGCGGGCUUGCUUCUGUAACUUCCAAGUCUGUUCUGAAGGUGGUUCAGAAGGCAAAUACUACCCCGAGUCUUCUGCCUACUGAGGACCAAGUGCCCUGUGAGAAGUGUGGCUCUCUGGUAUCUGUAUGGGAGAUGCCGGAACAUAUGGACUACCAUUUUGCAUUGGAGUUGCAGAAAUCCUUUUUGCAGCCCCACUCCUCAAAGCCCCUGGUUGUUCCUGCCAGUUCUCCUCAAAGCAAAAAAAAUCCCAAGAGUCCUUUGGCCUCCAGGAAUAAGCGGCCUAGGCCUGAGGGCAUGCAGACAUUGGAAUCAUUUUUCAAGCCAUUAACACACUAGUUCUGCCCUCAGGCUUGCUGCAGGUUUUUAAUAUUUUAUCUGUAACCUGGGAAAUGGAAAUAUGUUCACUUCUCAAGGGAAUUCAUAACUUUAUGAAAUCUUUGGUAAGAAAAAUAAUCAGUUAGAUGCUGAGUUAAGAUUCCCAUCUGUUCCCUGGUGUGGAUUCUAAUUCCAUUGCUGAUGGAGAUGUAAAAAUUCAUCUUCCAGAGAUGCAACUGUUUUGAGUUUUUAUUAUUUUAUUUUGCUUUGAGUUUUUUAAUCAAGAGUUUAGGGAGGCAGUCACCCAGUAAAAACUGUGUGAGACUUGGAGCCUAAGAGAUCUGGUUUCAAAUCUGCCUCUUGGAAUAUAAGGCCUUGACCAAAUCACUUUCUUCACUUUUCCUCAUCUUUGAGACAAUGAGUAAAACUCAGAUAAUGUCUUACAAAUUACUGAAGAUUAAGAACAAUAGGGCCGGCCCGGUGGCUCAGGCGGUUGGAGCUCCGUGCUCCUAACUCCGAAGGCUGCCGGCUCGAUUCCCACAUGGGCCAGUGGGCUCUCAACCACAAGGUUGCUGGUUCAACUCCUUGAC